AGAAACCCAAAGGCCCGAGGAUCUGGGCACGACAGCGGUUAAGCAAGCGCAGAGCAAGUCGCUGGCCGCGCAAUGCCCCGUGGGUCUUGUAGUUUCUUGGCUGGGCAUGGCCGGAAGGGAGGAGAGAAGGACGCAUUGCAUGGCGGGAGAUAUAGUCUUUGCCGGAAGUCCCUCCUCCCUCGGACGCCUGGCGGCGCCGGCGCACACUGCUCUUCGUUAAGGGCGGGAGUCUCGGUUUGUGGUGGCUUCGCUUAGGCAGUGGUGGCCGCACUAUACCGUUAGAAACUCAGUUUCCCGGAGGUUGUAAGGCCCUUUGAGGCGAAAUGGCUCUGGGCGUGAAAGGAGCAGGCGUUGGCAAUGGAAGGACCACCGCGACCUCAGGCUGACCGUAGGGAGGGAUCUUGAGGGCCCUCCGAGUCCCCUGGGCUUGCUCUUUCUUUCUUUGCAGCCGCCGUGCCUACCGCGAGGAUGAGCUCGGCCUCGGUCACCGCUUUCGAGAAGGAGCAUCUCUGGAUGUAUCUGCAGGCGCUCGGCUUCGAGCCAGGCCCGGCAACCAUUGCCUGCGGAAAGAUCGUGUCGCACACGCACCUCGGAGUGUUGAUUCUGUAUCUCGACUAUUGUGAAUAAUGUGUCACUAAACAUGGGAGUGCAGAUGCCUCUUUCAUAUACUGAUCUCCUUCCUUUUGGAUAUAUACCCAGCAGUGGGAUUGCUGGAUCAUAUGGAACAUGUUUGACAAGCUGAACCGUGAUGCCUUUCAUAUAAUUUCUUAUUUUUUGUUUCAAGUUCUGGACCAGUCUCUCACCAAAGAAGUUUUCAAAUUUUGUUGGCCCCCAUUUGACCAAAAAAGUGAUACUGAAUUCCGAAAACAUUGCUGUGAAUGGAUAAAAAGGAUUUCUGGUGAAUGUGGAAGUAGCUUUCCUCAAGUUGUUGGUUCACUAUUUCUUUCUCCUGGUGGUCCUAAGUUUAUUCAUCUGAUGUAUCAUUUUGCAAGAUUUGUUGCAAUGAAAUAUAUUAAAUCCAAUUCUAAAAAUUCUUCUCAUCAUUUUGUAGAGACAUUUAACAUAAAACCACAGGACUUGCACAAAUGCAUUGCCAGAUGCCAUUUCGCACGUAGCAGAUUUUUACAAAUUUUGCAAAGACAAGAUUGUGUUACCCAAAAAUAUCAGGAAAAUGCACAAUUAUCAGUUAAGCAGGUACGAAACUUGAGAUCUGAAUGUAUAGGAUUGGAAAACCAAAUAAAGAAAAUGGAACCCUAUGAUGACCACAGUAAUAUGGAAGAAAAAAUUCAAAAGGUUCGGUCUUUGUGGGCUUCAGUGAAUGAAACGCUCAUGUUUUUGGAAAAAGAGAGAGAAGUUGUUAGUUCAGUCCUUAGUCUUGUUAACCAAUAUGCUUUAGAUGGAACUAAUGUUGCUAUUAAUAUUCCAAGGCUCUUACUUGACAAAAUUGAGAAACAAAUGUUUCAGUUGCACAUAGGAAAUGUUUAUGAGGCUGGAAAACUGAACCUCUUAACAGUUAUUCAGUUAUUAAAUGAAGUCUUGAAGGUGAUGAAAUAUGAACGUUGUCAGGCUGAUCAAGCAAGAUUGACGGUAGACCUUCACUACCUUGAAAAAGAGACCAAAUUUCAGAAGGAAAGAUUAUCAGAUCUGAAACAUAUGAGGUAUAGAAUAAAAGAUGAUCUCACAACUAUAAGACAUUCUGUUGUUGAAAAGCAAGGAGAAUGGCAUAAAAAGUGGAAAGAAUUUCUUGGUUUGUCUCCUUUCAGUUUAAUUAAAGGUUGGACUCCAUCUGUAGAUCUUUUACCACCAAUGUCUCCCCUUUCGUUUGAUCCUGCCUCAGAAGAAGUAUAUGCAAAGAGUAUUCUUUGUCAGUAUCCUGCUUCACUUCCAGAUGCACAUAAGCAACAUAACCAAGAAAAUGGUUGCAGAGGAGACAGUGAUACCUUGGGAGCGCUACAUGAUCUAGCCAACAGCCCUGCCUCUUUCUUGUCGCAGUCAGUUUCAUCAUCAGAUAGAAACAGUGUUACACUACUUGAAAAGGACACAAAGAUGGGAACUCCCAAAGAAAAAAACGAAGCAAUUUCUAAGAAAAUACCAGAAUUUGAAGUGGAAGAUUCUCCAUUAUCAGAUGUUGCAAAGAAUACAGAGAGUAGUGCAUUUGGAAGGUCUUUGCCAGCUAAAAAAAGUGAUCCAUUUCAAAAAGAGCAAGAUCAUCUGGUAGAAGAGGUUGCCAGAGCAGUUUUAUCUGAUUCACCACAGCUCUCUGAAGGAAAAGAAAUAAAAUUAGAGGAACUAAUUGACUCUCUGGGUUCUAACCCCUUCUUAACAAGGAAUCAGAUUCCCCGUACUCCAGAAAACUUGAUAACUGAAAUUAGGAGCUCAUGGAGAAAAGCUAUUGAAAUGGAAGAAAACAGAACUAAAGAACCAAUUCAAAUGGAUGCUGAACAUAGAGAAGUAUUGCCAGAAUCAUUACCUGUGUUGCACAAUCAAAGAGAAUUUAGCAUGGCUGAUUUUCUCUUAGAAACCACUGUAUCAGAUUUUGGCCAGUCUCAUUCGACUGAAGAGAAAGUUAUUUCAGAUUGCAAGUGUGUGCCUCAGAAACAUGUGCUCACCAGUCACAUAGAUGAACCACCAACACAAAAUCAGUCAGAUUUCUUAAAUAAGAAAGUAAUUUGCACGCAAGAUUUGGAAUGUUUAGCCUUCACCAAGCUUUCAGAAACUAGUCGAAUGGAGACAUUCUCCCCUGCUGUCGGCAAUAGGAUAGAUGCGAUGGGUGGCAGUGAAGAGGAGUUUAUGAAAAUAUUGGACCACUUAGAAGUUUCUUGUAACAAACCUUCCACAAAUAAAACUAUGUUGUGGAAUUCUUUUCAGAUAUCAAGUGGAAUUAGUUCUAAGAGUUUUAAAGAUAAUGAUUUUGGCAUAUUACACGAAACUCUUCCGGAAGAAGUUGGUCACCUAAGUUUUAAUAGUUCCAGUAGUUCAGAGGCCAAUUUUAAACUGGAGCCAAAUAGUCCUAUGCAUGGUGGCACUCUUCUAGAAGAUGUUGUGGGAGGGAGACAGACUACUCCAGAAUCAGACUUUAAUUUACAGGCUCUUCGCAGUAGAUACGAGGCUCUGAAGAAAUCUCUUUCCAAGAAAAGGGAAGAAUCUUACCUCUCGAAUUCCCAAACACCCGAAAGACACAAACCAGAAUUGAGCCCUACUCCCCAAAAUGUACAAACAGAUGAUACGCUUAACUUUUUGGACACCCGUGAUUUGCAUACUGAGCAUAUAAAGCCAUCUUUACGCAUGUCCAUCGGUGAAAGAAAACGGUCUCUUUCACCACUAAUUAAGUUUUCUCCAGUGGAACAAAGAUUGAGAACCACAGUAGCAUGUAGUCUUGGAGAACUACCUAAUUUAAAGGAAGACAUUUUGAAUAAGAGCCUCGAUGCAAAAGAACCACCGUCUGACUUGACAAGAUGAAGACGUACCCAUUUAAUAUAACUAUGAUGCACUUAAAUUGAAGCUAUGCCACAGGAUAGAAACUGAAUUACAACUUAAAUACAUGUUGGAAGUGUAACACUGUUUUUCAAGGUUUAAAAAAAUUCCUAAUGCCUUUUAGCCUUCUUUAAUAUUUUUAGGUAAGGAAAGUAUGUUUGGAUUUUUUCUCUUUGUAGGUAUAUGAGAUUGAAAUGUGAAGUAUUUGGAAAACAAACGUCAAGCAAUGGGAAGCCAUUUUGAUUUCUUGAGUAAUCUUGUAAGCAUUAAGUGAAUGACAAAGUAGUAGUGUAACUUAUUUCUUAUGUUAUAACUUCAGUCAAUUAAUAUAAGGAUAAAUAGUUUUUGUUGUAUGUUCACUAAGUGGUUAAUAUAAUAGCCAUUGAAUAUACUAAUCUUUCAUCUUAGAGAACUAUACAACUUUUAUUGUUUCUUAAUGGAACAUUCUGGCUAACCAGAAAAAGUGAGAAAAGUAGUACCUUGGGAUGUGUAGUCAAGAUGACAAAUUUUAAGACUGGAAAAGCUCUAAACAGGCUUAAUGACUCUUCAAGUAGAAUGAUCCUGAGAAGUGAUGUUUGAUGGAAUAAAGUGCAUGUGAUGAUUAAGUGAAGACUGGGGCAGAAUGAUUUAAAAAAAGGAAAAAGAUGGAAGAUGAGUAGACACUUGCAAGGAACACUGUCAAACUAUAAAUCCAUUCAGUGGGUUGUAUAACAUUUAUAUUUAGUCUAAUUUAGACUUUGAUAAUUUAAUGCUACUUUUAUAUUUUAACAAAAAUAUAAAUUAAAAUUUUCAUUAGUCUGU